GAUGUAGUUCUUACCAGUCGUUCGAGCAUAUCGGUACUACUGACCUGGUCAGUCUAUUCAGAAAAAUUUCUCACUUUUUUUUCUUAUUUUACAAUUUGCAUUGUCCAUAGUGCGCACUUACUAAAACUUAUCUGAAAGAAAACAAAAGAAACAGUGAAAGACGUUUUUUGACCUAUCAUCAUCGGCGAGCAAUUCUACUUUUAUCAGUGUUGAAAAUUGCUUUAAUAAAGUUUUAUAAUAAAAGAUACGUGAUUUUAUGACGCAUAAAAAUAAUCGUGCGAUCGGUUCUUUGAUCGUCGAGAUCUCUGUGAAUCAUAUAGCACGUUGAUCUUUGUUCAUCAAUGAUAAACGUAUUUAUUGUAAUUGAUGAAUAUAAUGUCCUCAUCUGCAACCAAGAUGGAUGGUGCUUUAAAGGAUUGUGUUAAAAAGGUUUUUGAUUAUCGGGAGGCAAAUAAAAUAGAAUUUCUAAUGUUUGGUGAACAUGAACUAAAGUUUGAGCUUGAUGAUGAUCUCGACGAGUUUUUCCUUCAGAAGGCACAAGAGGAAUUGCGAGAGACGCCGGAAAACGUCGCCAAGGGCCACAAGGAAUUGGCAAAGUUGAUUGCAGAAUCACCUGAUUUAUUAGAUUAUGAUAAACCAUAUGAUGAACAAAUAUACCAAAUAUACUUGCGGCCGAGCAAAUGGUAUGCGGAAAGCGCUUUUGCUCUUAUAAAACGAUUUUAUCGAUACCGCCAGACAUAUUCGCGCAUAUUUGUCGAUUUCUUGCCCAGCAAACAAAAAACAGCACUUUGCUCCGGUAUAUUAUAUCCGAUGCCAAUUCGUGCUAAAGACGGGAGCAGGAUUAUGAUUGUUGAAGGAGGGAGACUAUGGAAACCAAAGGAACAUCCUGUGGAAGAUGUCUGGAAAGGCAUAUUAUUUCUUCUGAUCAUAACUAUGUUGGAAGUCAAAACUCAGAUCGCAGGUGCACGUGUCAUCAUAGACGUCGAAGGUUUGUCACUCAGUCAAAUAACGUACCUUACUCCGAGCUUUGGCAAAAUGGUGGUGGAAUUUGUACAAAAAUGUUUGCCCCUUCGUUUAAAAUCGGUACACAUUGUAAAUCAGUCGUUCAUUUUCAAUGUGGCAUUCGCAAUUUUCAAACCCAUUUUUAGAGGAGAAGUUUCGCAAACGAGUUAUUUUUCACGGGACAAACUGGGAAACUUUAAUAGAUAUCAUAGGUAAAAAUGCAUUGCUUAAAAAACACGGAGGCGAAAUUGAUAUGCCUGAGGAUAAAGAAUGGAACGUAAGACUGUGGCAGAAUGGUCUUUCAUUUGAACCCGUUCUCGAAGUUCUUGAACAAUACGGAUACAAAACGGACAUUAAAAAAUGAGCGACUGCUUGUUCAACCGUUACGUUGUCGUUGUUAACGUGAUCAUCAUUAUAGUUACCACGCGUGAAGCUACACUGAAAAAUUACUCAAAUCGUUGGCAUUUGGUUUUUCGGAAAAGCAAAUGCAUUUCGCGGCUGUCACGAUCGUUGGGUGCAUCCGAAAGAUGCGAACUAUUCUAUCAAAUCAUACAUACAUAAAGAAUGGUGUUUUGAAAACUUAAAUUCAUCAAUAUAUUAUAUGGAAUAUUAAAAAAAAUAUAUUAAGGAAUAUAUCCACUUUCUGUCUCUAAUUCUCCGAAUAAUACAAAGAUCUUAGAAUUAAUUAGAACCUAAUAGACUUAUUUUGGCCCGCGCAACAUAUUUUAUGUUCUUUUUUCAUUCUUAAAAUAUUACAAUAUUUAAUUCUAUUUAAUAAUAAUUUUUUAGAAAACAAGUAGAAUCUAAAAAGCAUACAAAAUGAUUCUUAUUUACAUCUCUGUGUUCUAAAGGUAGAAGAAUCUCUGACGUAUAAAUUACUUUUGUUAUAAAUCUUUAAGUCCUACAACAAGAGAAUGUAAAAGGCCAAAAUUCUGUACUUACAUUUCGAUUGUAAAAUUUUUCAGAAGAAUUAUUUACGAAUUUUAUCUUUCCAGAAGUUUUUUGUUUAUUGAUAAACGAAGUAUAAAAUAAAUUGCAUGGAUCACUGUUUUAAUAUUUUUUUAAAGUGUAAUGUUCAAAAUCAUGUAGAAAAAGAUUUGGAAAAGCAAUUACAAAGCUCUCAUCGAUGUAUAAUUGAAUAUUAUUAAAUAAUACGCAUAAGACAGA